UCUUGUAUUGUGGUUUCCAUGCUUCGAAGACGCCUAACGUAGCGUACAGGGGUGACAUGACUCUGACCAGAGGAUCUUUCACCUACGCCAGUGGGGAAGAAUACCACGGCGAGUGGAAAGAAGGUCGGAGGCAUGGAGUCGGUCAGCUCAAGUUUCAGGAUGGAACCUGCUACACCGGCCAGUUUGAGAACGGGCUCUUCCAUGGCUCUGGUGUGCUGCUGUUUACAGAUGGAUCCAGAUAUGAAGGAGAAUUUGCACAUGGAAAAUUUCAAGGUCUGGGAGUCUUUGGACGGUACGAUGGCAUGAGGUUUGAAGGAGAAUUCAAAGAUGGGCGUGUUGAGGGAUAUGGGUUAUUGACUUUUCCAGAUGGAGCUCAUGGUGUCCCACGAAAUGAGGGCUUGUUUCAAAACCACAAGCUGCAGAAGAGAGAGAAGUGUCCUGGCGUGGUGCAGCGUGCACAGGCUUCAGCCUCCAGUGCUCGCAGUCUGGCACUUUGACUGUCAUGGACCCUGGAGGAGACACGAUCACGAUUCCAGCACCUUCCAGGAGCACCUCAGGGAUGUACACUCCCAUCCAGCUAUUUUCUCUGUGUCUUUCUCUAUUUUUUCAAACCUCUAUUUCAAGUUUUUCUGCAUCUUCCUAGCUUAGCCUUCACAGUGGCUUGGAACGCACAUGCGACAUUGACCAAACAAAGGCUCUCUUAAAGACUGACUUGAAAUGCACAACACCAUGAAGCACACCUUUAACUUAAACCAGUCACUUAGAUACCAGAUGCUGCUGUUAUUUUCUCCUCUACUCAUAAACACUGUCUUAAUGUUUUUCCCUUAAAUAGCUAGCUUUCAGACAUCAAACAGCUGAAAAUGGGAGACCUAUCCUUAUCAAAACAGAGAACUUGAAGAGGUCUCUCCUGCAAAGGGAAGAAAUGUCACUUAAGUGUGAUUAUCAAAGAUUAAGCCACUAAUGAGACAAAUUCUAUGGGAGCCCUAAGUGGACAUGCGUACAUACAUUUUAUUUGGUCCAUUUUUCCAUUGUAAAGAGACAUUUCUUGUCGAUUCUUAUCUUUGGGUUAUUAGAAAAAUAAUAUUCCUUUACUGACACCCUGAGAAAACAUCUGGGAAACACUCAUUACAGAAGAAAAAUGGAGUCAUAAAAUGCAUGGAUACAUGUUGUCUUUAGGCUUCUGUAAACACUUCCCCUAAAUUGUGCUGCAAUCCAUACCAACAAUGUAUCUUAAAGGUACCCUGCUGAGCUUUUGACUGCUGUUAGUGCUAAUAAGCAAUGUUAUAACAAGCGGGCCCCUUGAUGUUUUAUCACGCACAGGCAUAAGGCUGCAUGCAAAGAAGACUGUUGGAGACAUAAUAUUUUCUUGUACAUGGUUUUGUACAACUUUGCCAAAAGAUAAUUGAUGCAAUUUUUAAAGAAACGUAGCAACGUGCCCCAAAAGCCAGUAUCAAAAGUUGCGUUUCCACCUAAUAGGCUCGUUUGAUUUUGUUCUACUUUGCACAGUUUUAAGAGUUCAGUAAUAAGAGUUGGUUCUUUGUUUAUUACUGUUUUGGGUUUAUGACGCCUUUAACAGCAACCAAAAUGUAAAGAAAACAGCUCUCAAAUGGGAGCUGGCUGCUGAUGUUCACAUAAAGAACCCAGGUCUUAGAACAAGCUUGUUUGCAAACAUCACUAUAGCUCUUGACUUGGCAUCUUGAAUGACAAAAUAUGAUGCAUUUUAUGUUUAUAAUUACCACUGUCGCAUUGUUUAAGCAGCCAACCAACUGUAGUGAGUCUAGCUCUUCUCUUUAGGGUCAGAAAGGCUGUUGGGACCCCAACAGAAGGAUGCCAACAGAGGAUGCUUACUUUGGUACCUUGUUUUGUUGUUUCUUCUGUUCCCAUCCGCGUCCUGCUUUUCUCCCACCCUCCUUUCCAACUCCAGUGAGCUUCAGUCUGGUUUUGAGUCCGAUUCCUGCCCCUUAAAGAGAAGGUUCUUUAACUACUGUUGCAGGCCUAAAUACUGCUAGUGCUGAGCUCAUGGUGAUCAGUCCCAGUCUUUAUAAUAAUAGGCAACAUCAGAGGCUACGGUUUAGACCUGCCCUCUUUCUAAAGUGUCUUGAGAUAACUUUAGCUAUGAAUUGUUGCUAUACAAACAAAGGUUGAUUGAUUAAUAACUAUUUUGUAUUUUCACUGGGUUAUAGGUUUUGACAUUCUUGGUUUGCAUUUGUUUUUGAAAGUUGCUCAUGUAAUGAUUUGUGGUCAUGUGACUGUUGAUGUGAUUACCUUCACCUGUACAUAAUGAGGCUCACGGUUGUCUCUUUAGUUUGAUUAGGAAUAGCAGUGCUUGAAACAUGACUGUUUUGAUGCAUUAAAUAAUUUGGAUUUCUGGAGUGUACUAGACAUCUUUCCUGAUGUGCUUUAGUACCUUUCCAAUUUUGACAAUGAAAACACAAAUACUUGGACACUGACCAGAACUGAACUGAACGAGACCAUUGGGUGGAAACAAACCUUAGGAAGACUGCAUUCAUCAAAAACUCAAAUCUAAGCAAGUAUACUGUCAAAUUUCUAAUAAAAGUUCUAAUUACAUCUAUUUAAAGCAACAUUCACUUGGUUAGCUCAGAUAAAACUUUAUUUCAAGAUACAAGGCACAAAAAAUAAGAUUUGCAAUGUUUGUUAAAGGUACAAGUAACAGAGGGAAGCAAAUGUUGCCUGUUGACUGUCUUGGCCCUACUAUGAAUUGAAUAAUCUGGGCUUGUUGGAUAAAUAUGGCUUGAAAAGACAAAUAACUUUCAUAGAUUUGAGUUUUUGUAGUUAAAAUAAAAGAAAUCCCUAAAAAAAGAAAAUGCAAAUUACCUAAAAAUGCAGAUUUUAGGAUGAAUUUGUAAUAAUUCAUCUGUGAAUUUAACACAAAGUACUGUUGAAAAAAACAAUGAGUACAUAUAAGCUUAUGUUUCUUUAAAAAAGCACUCAUCAGGGCACCUUUAAAAUCCAGUCUCAUUUAACAUUAUCACUGCAUAUUAGUUCUUUCUAGAGAUGCAUUUUGUCACUUGUCCUUCUCUGUGUAAUGGAUCAGUAUUCACAUUUGCCUUAAAGAUGUUUUGGUACUAGAGUGUAGUUCAAGGGUGUCAUUCUGAAAACAAGAUCACGUGCUUGCCCUCUCUUUCCCCUCUCUUCUGCAUCGUUUCCCCCUACGGUGUCUGUCAUCCUUAUGAAUUUGAGGUCUGUUUGAAGAGUGCCUUCACUCUAAGACACACGUUGCUAAGCUGGUGAUGACUUCCAGCUCUCGUCACUCACAUUCAGUCCAGCAGCUCCAAUAGACUCCAAUAAAGCUCACUCUCCUUGAGGAAAUCAUCAGAGAGGAGGUUUAAUUCAGCAGGAUAAUUCUCAUGUUUAACCUGAAAGUAGAUGAUGUAUAAUCCUAAUUAAACACAUUAAAUUAGGGAUGUAGAUCUUAAAUGAGGCAGCUGAUUGAAAGAUUUUAUAAAGCAGAUAUAGGAUUUUUAUGUGUGUUUUCUGUGAGGUGAAACAUAUUUAUUGUGUUUGUUCUGGCCUUUCAAACAAACCCGUAGUUAAAUAAACAGUAUGUAGAAUUUUUGCACCAAAAAUCCACAUCAAUCAGAAAAUGAUGACGCAUAUGUUAUAUAUUAUUCUAGAUGAGCACUUACAGUUACAUUAAGUCUGAACAGUUUUCAAAAUCAGAGGAAUCCUUCAUGUUUAUUAAUGGUCCUUUUCUUUUUGUAGAUGUCAUGGCAGACACAAUAUGUUAACUAUUUCUGUGGAAAUACUGGGUGUUACUUGAAGACUGCUGCAUAAAGCCCAGUUAAGACCGAGGAUUCACGAUGCAAUGAGACCGCGUAAGAACGACUGUGGGGAUAGUUACAGCUGUCUGAACUGAGCUGUUGCCACUCACAUCAGGUUAUCUGACAGUGUUGCUUGUGAUUCAGUUUGCCAGAUUGCAAGCAGCUGGUUUUUGGACAUUGCAAACAGAUAAAUGGGAAAUGGAAAUCUUGUUUUGAUAGACUAUAUAUGCCAACGAGUUUUUCAUUAAAACAAUGAUGGGUAUUUUGGACAGAAUUUCAUCAAUCUUUUCAAAAUCCACAGAAAUGUUUUACCUGUUAAACACUCCUAUUCUCUCCAUCAGCUGGACAUGUAAGCAGGAUGCACAAUGCUAUUCUAAGUAAUACAUAAGAAAUUCAAGGCUGUUGUAGCUAUAGUUGUCUAUGUAUAAAUGUUGUUUUCAGCAGAUAGCUUUGUUAUAACAAGGCUGAGCUAGCAAAGCAUUUUUGUGCUUGUAUGUGCUGUAAAAGGUUACUGAUACAUGCUUGCAGCAUGCUAUGAUUGUGAUGACAAUAGAGAAUUAUCACCUUCAUGCAGAAAUCACGCAACCUAAUGUCACAUGUUAUCAUGAUGGUAAAGAUAAAAAGGAAGGGGAAAAGCUGUUGAAUACAUAGGGCUGUCUUUGUAGAGACAAAUGUAUUGUGCAGUAACUUAAGAAAAACAAUAGAUCGUCUCUUCCAGUCACUGAGGUGUGAACUCACAGGCUUUCAGAAUAUUGCGUUAAAGUUGCGAGUUUCAACUCGUCUCAUUGUGAAUCUUCGAUCCGAGCUGGGCUUAAGGAUGCAAACUGCUACUGCUGCAGUUCUGUCGCUUUAUCUCAUUCGUGUUUUGUACUGUUUACUUGUUAUGGACCAAGAUUAUUGUCUGCCAUUGGCUGUUACAUGUUCUGUCCCCCAAGCGCCCCUCUAGACACUUCCUGGUUGAGUACAGAGAUGUGUUGCUCAGGUCCGACCACAUCUGUUGCUUGCUUCUUGUUUCAAACUGAGGAUUUUGCUCAAUAAAAACUUCACUCCAUGUGGUGUACAGAUCACCUAGUGUUAAAUGGGAAGGCCAUCAUUAUGGCAAAGCCCUCCAUGAAACAAGACUGUAUCUUAUCCAUGUUUUUUUGCUGCUUACUUGUGAUGGACCAUGAUUGUUCUCUGUCAUAGGUUGGCAGUCUUUUCCCUUUACUUGCAAAGCAUUCUGUUUACCUGGAAGGCAUCUUUGAACUGCUUUUCUCCAUCGUGAUACAAAAUUAAUCCGUGAAGCAAUGACAGGGGUUUACUUUUUAGUAAAUAUACAUUUAUGGAGUCAGGUCGGGUAUCGGAGCAUAUGCCGGUCGGCACAACUGCUCUGGCCCCCUGAUGGCCAUCCUCCAGGCCUGCUCCAGACCCAUACCCAAUCUCUCCAGGUAUCCUCUCAGCUGCCUCCUCAACACAAGGCAAAGGAUGCUGACCCCCUUUCAGCUGCGUUAGCAACUGCCGUUAUUUAUGAAGUGGAGUUUUCAUUGAAUAAAGUCCUCGAUUUAAACCAAAAGACAAACGAUGGAGGUGGAUGAACCCAGGAAGUGCAUCCUUAUUUGUCAUCUUCUGCUAUUAUUUUAAAUUAGAGCCCCUUAGCGGUGGAAUUUUACAUACUGUUUGUUUAAGUGUUUGAUUGGUCAGAAAAUUGUGUUACUGACUUAUUUAAGACAUUGUGGUUGAGUGUUUUCUGAGAAUUAUAUAUGCUACAGCUAUAGCUGGUCACAGUUAUUUGUGAUCACAGAUUAUUUCAUUGUACUUGAAUAGUUUAUAGGCCUUAAAGAGCAUUUGUGGAUGUGGCUUGUCUAGGGUUGCCUAUAUGAAACUUCAACCAAAGACAAUCAGAUGAUAUUAAAGUUAAAGGAGUAUGGAAAGAUAGCAGGAGUUACAUGUGUUAUUUCUUACAGCUGAACAUUAAAGGCAAAUCAAAAAGGACAAAUCAACAUGGGAAUUUAGGGCACAAUAAUAACACAAGGACAGAAGAUUGAACCAGGGAUUGAUAUGAGAUUCUUCUGUAAAUAUUCCCUUAUUCUCCAGCCUAGAUUGUUGCAGUAGCUGAUGUUAUUUUUUCUGGAGGGGUAAAAAAAUCAAUACUUAAUAUUGUGUCUGUACUGUUGCUUGCGCUGGAAACCCCUUUUGGUAAGGCAGUUUGCUGCAAUGUGCAUUCAGAAGAGUGACAUUAGACCACUGCAUGCAUCAGUACCACUAUCAACUAACACUUAAUGAUACUUUAAUGUUUGCUGUAUGUGCAAAGUGUGUAAUAUCCUGUGUUUUGCAUCAUGUUAUGGUAUUUUUUCUCUCUUUGCAAUGUUGGAAACAACAUCUGAUAGCGCCUUCUUUGCCUACACACACCAUGCCUGAGUGGAAUUAAAUUCACCAGAAUCCCACAUGCAUUUCCAACUGGAAACAAAUGGUGCUUGAAAAGCGUGCCUGUCCAGACUCUCACCUGCCUGGAGAAUACCAUUGCCAUGGUUACCUUUUUUCUGUAACAAGAAAAAUGCUUUGAGUGCUCUUAUAGAAAACUACCGCACAGUAUCCUCUUAUUCUCCUGGAGAAGGUACAAGUAUGUAUCACAAAGAUGGUAAAUGGUCGAUGUGUUUAAUAAAGAUGUGUUAAAAAAUGAAGCAUCGAUAAGAAAUCCAUGAUUGUGCUGUUAUUUCUGAUGCUCUAACACGCAGGAUGAAACGUGCUGCUAUAGGAGGAAGUUUUCAAGGAUAAAAAAAAUGUGCCUCUGGAUUUUUGGCUGCUGCACAGCGGGAAGCAGAAGCCUCCAGUUUUUUACCAUCCCCCAUCUCACUCUACACCACUCCAGCCCUCUGCAACAGCACAGCAUACUGCAUGUAGUUCACAUGGAAUUAGAAAUGACAGAAGUAAAGCAGUGAAACAUGUAUGAGUCAUAGAGAUUUCAGAUUCUUUUUUUCUUUCUGAUGCAUGAGCCAUUUUAGCAAGAAUAUCUCUGAGAGAAGGAGAAAUAAAUAACACUUUCACACAGUGUAUUUAACCUUAUAUAGUACAUGCUGUGUGCUUUCUCUAGCGUCCCUGACAGUUACAUCGCAGAACAGGAAAUACUGUGUGCCACUGAUAAUGUAUCUGAUGAACUGUCUAGACAGAACUCAAGGGUUUGUAACUGCUUUUCAGAAAUGCAUUUUACAUUCACAUUUAAAAAAUUAUGCAUUAACGCAAUAUGUGUUAACAAAUGACUGGUGAUGUUUUCACAGGCACAAAACUCUUUAAAAUUUCAAAAUACAUUGACAAAGCGAAAAAAAGAAACACAAUGGAAAAGAUGAUUAAAAACAGCAAAUAAGAUCCAAAAAGACAAAUAAAGACAGAAAGACAGUUGGUUGCAUACUGGCCUAUAAAGAACAUCAGUGUAAGGUGCAUUAAGAAUUGUAAAUAGUGCAGACAGAUAUAUGCAGUAUCAUAAGCAUUUCCUAAUGUGGGGAUUAGAAAGCUAAAAU